AAAAUGGCUGCUGUGCGGCUGCUUACUAGUAUAGUUCUACUUUGCACUCUAUCCAAUGCAACCCUACGGCGGCGGCGGCACGUCAUUCGCACGCGCUCUCCCUCCCCACCAGAACGUCCCCGCCGGCCACGUCUCCUUCCGUAUCCUCUGCCACGCUUCCCGAAUCGGCGGCGUCAUCGGUAAAUCCGGCUCAAUCAUUAAACAGCUCCAGCACGAAACUUCCUCCAGAAUCCGCGUCGACGAGUCGCCGGCGCCGCCGAACUCCGGCGACCGGGUCAUCAUCAUAACCGCCUCGAGUUCAAUUACCCGGAAAGUCUUCUUCAGUGAUGAGGAGAUCGAGGUUUCUGCUGCUCAGGAGGCGGUGGUGAGGGUUUUCGAGAAGAUUCUCGACGUUGCGGCGGAGAGUAAUGGGGGUGAGAUGGAGGCGUUAGGGUUAGUUUCGUGUCGGUUGCUUGCGGAACAAAGUCAUGCUGGAUCAGUGAUUGGGAAAGGGGGGAAGGUUGUAGAGAAGAUUAGGAAGGAUACUGGGAGUAAGAUUCGGGUUUUAACUUCUGAGAAGAUGCCGGCUUGUGCCUGUGCCAACGAUGAAAUGAUUGAAAUUGAGGGUGACUUCAUUGCUGUUAAAAAAGCACUUAUUGCCGUCUCUCGGCGCCUUCAAGAUUCUCCUCCAGUAGGUAGAGCACACGAAGUAGAUCCACAGGAAAUCUUAGCUGAUGGGCGCAUGAAUGUCCCUCCAGUUAGGAGCUCUGUGCCCCAAGUAUUUGGCAGCUCUUUCAAUCAUACUCCAGGUCGUCCUUUUUCAUCAGACGCCGACCAACACCUAAAUACAAACUUGACAAUGCCGCAACAAGAAGUAACUUUUAGAAUCCUCUGCUCCAACGAAAGGGUAGGGGUUAUAAUUGGCAGGCAAGGGACAAAUGUCAGAGCACUUCAAAAUGAAUCAGGUGCAUCUAUAAAUGUAGCAAGUCCUGUACCUGAUUGUAAGGAACGAUUAAUAACCAUUACUGCAACUGAGAAUGCAGAGUCUCGGUGUUCACCUGCACAGAAUGCUGUUGUUCUUGUCUUCAAUAAAUCUACUGAAGCUGGUGGCUAUGCAAAGGGGAUCGAUUUUGGUGGAAAACGAUCACAUUUUGCUGCUCAAGUUGUAGUUUCGCCAAACCAAGUUGGUUGUUUAUUGGGAAAAGGAGGCGCUAUAAUAGCAGAGAUGAGAAGGGCAACUGGGGCUUACAUACGUAUUAUUGGUGGCGACGAAGUCCCGAGGUGUGCUUCAGAAAAUGAUCAAGUGGUACAGAUUACAGGCGAUCUUGUAAGCGUACAAGAGGCUCUGUAUCAUGUAACCGGUAGAUUGCGUGAUAAUCAGUUCUCUAACAAAGUGCAAAAUGGUGCUGGAAUGAGGAAAAGUGGUCAUGAAUUAACUGCUUUAACCCGGAGGAUGGGUAAUCUUGGAGUCUCUUACAAUUUGGACGGGGCCCCACAGACAGGAACUGAAUUAAAUUCAAGGAACGAAUUGGAUAAUGGCAAAGAAUUGAACUCUGUUAAUGGUGUCGAACUUGGCAGUGAUAAUCGAGCUGUUGUGGUGACAAAUACAACAAUUGAGAUAGCAGUUCCUGAGAGUGUGAUGGACUCUGUAUAUGGGGAAAAUGGUAGCAAUCUGACUCGUUUAAAACAGAUUUCGGGGGCAAAAGUUAUAGUGCACGAGCCUCGCCCCGGAACAAGUGACCGUAUUGUGGUUAUAUCUGGGAAUCCUAAUGAAACUCAGGCAGCUCAAAGCCUUCUGCAAGCAUUCAUACUUAGUGGAUCAUCAUGACAAGUAAUACAUUUUGACCUGGUCUUCCUCACGCCUGACCACUUCCCUUGAAUGGAAGUUAAGUUUUGGAGUAUUUUGGUUAUGAGUUCCCCGACAAUUUGUACACUAGUCUUAAUUUGUAUCAUGCAUUUCAAAGGAUACUUCUAGAAUAUUUCAAAGCACCUUAGCACUGAUCGAUAACAAGUUCUCUUGGUUCAAGACAACCUGUUCUCCAUCUAGAGCUAAUUUUUUGAAAAUGUAGCAUGUUGUAUUAUUUCUAUGUUGGAAAGAAACAACAGAACAGUAUCACAAUUCAUGUACUCUGCAGUGUAGCCUAUGAAUACCCGAAACGCUUGGUUGACUUGGCGCUCUCACUAUUGGUAGUAAUUUGUUGCACUGUGUGAAUUGUGACAGUGAUAUUAUGGACA